AUGUCGGCGUCAGGAUCCGGAGCACCCAGCGGUGCCUCGGGGUCGGCGAGCUCCACGAAGAAGCCUUUCCCUCAUGUUGAUCUGCAGGGCAAUGACCUGCCCCCUUCGCCCGCUCCCUCCAGCCCGCACGCCGGUCGUCGGUAUAACAUUGCCACCGAGUUGGUCUUCACUGAGGGCAGUGACCAGUACAAUGCUAGCAGUGUGCCAAUCUAUCAGAGUGCUACCUUUAAGCAGACCUCCGGCAGCGGUGGUGGAGAAUAUGACUACACUCGGUCCGGCAACCCUACUCGCACUCACCUCGAGCGACACCUGGCCAAGAUCAUGUCCGCACAGCGUGCGCUCGUCGUAUCAUCGGGUAUGGCUGCAUUGGAUGUGAUUAGUCGUCUCCUCCGUCCUGGCGACGAGGUCGUGACCGGAGACGAUCUCUACGGCGGUUCUCACCGACUGCUCAAGUACCUCUCCACCAACGGCGGCAUCGUCGUGCACCACGUCGACACCACCAACCCCGCGAAGGUCUUGGAAGUGCUGAACUCGAAGACGGCCAUGGUCCUGCUCGAGACCCCCACAAACCCUCUCAUCAAGAUCGUCGACAUCGGUCAGAUCGCUACGGCCGCCCACGAAGCCAACCCUAACUGCUUGGUUUCCGUCGACAACACUAUGAUGUCUCCUCUUCUGUUGAACCCCCUCGACUUGGGCGCGGAUAUUGUUUACGAGAGUGGCACCAAGUACCUGUCUGGUCACCACGACCUGAUGGCCGGUGUCAUCGCUGUGAACGAUCUUGCGCUCGGCGAGCGCCUCUACUUCCCCAUUAACGCAUCGGGCUGUGGCUUGUCGCCAUUCGACUCGUGGCUGCUGAUGCGCGGUGUGAAGACCCUAAAGGUCCGCAUGGACCAGCAGCAGAGCAACGCACAGCGGAUCGCCGAGUUCCUUGAGUCGCACGGCUUCAAGGUGCGGUACCCGGGUUUGCGGUCGCACCCUCAGUACGAGCUGCAUAACUCGAUGGCGCGGGGCGCUGGUGCCGUGCUCUCUUUCGAGACGGGCGAUGUCAACGUCAGCGAGCGUAUUGUUGAGAGUGCUAAGAUUUGGGCUAUUAGUGUCAGCUUUGGCUGUGUGAACAGUCUGAUCAGUAUGCCCUGCCGUAUGAGCCAUGCCAGCAUUGACGCGAAGACGCGGGCGGAACGCGCGAUGCCGGAGGACUUGAUCCGUCUGUGUGUGGGUAUUGAGGAUGUUGAUGAUUUGAUUGAGGAUCUGCAGCGAGCACUUGUGGAAGCGGGCGCUGUCAAUGUCACAUUGGAUGGCUUCCAGGCGGCUCAAGUCGAGUCCUCGUAG